UUGGCACGAAUAAUCCAAGCGCUUACACAAAAAUGGAUGAAACAGAAGACAACGAAGGAAAGGAAGCUGGCGCGAAUUCCUCAGUUUGUGAGGAAUCAAAGGAGACAAAUUCUUGUACCAACUCGGACCAGAAUGAUCCAAAUGAGGAGCAACUUCAGGAAAACAAUGCAGAAGAACCAGAGGCAGAGAAGCAGAAGGAACAUGAAUCUGAACAUAAUGAAGCGGGACCAAGUAAAUGUAAAGAUGACAAAGAGGAUGACAGUGCCACUAUUCAGCCAGAAGAUGAAGCAAAUGAAGAGCCUGCCCUCGUUGAUGGAAAGGAGGGUGCUGACACUGCGGCGGAUAAAGAGAUUGAAAACAACGAAAACCAAAGCAAGAAAAACGAUGAUGAGGACGAUGAUGAGGACAAUAUGGAGGAAAGCAAGAUAGAAAUGGUAGAUGAAAGUAGGACGAAUGAUAAGCCAGUGGAUGAGGGUAGGGAGAAUGGAGAGACGAAGGAGAAAGACUCAGAGAUGGAGGCACCAGAAGAGAUGGAGAUGAAAGAUGUCUCGGACUCUGAGUGUCCUGAUGUUCUGGAGGAUGGGGAGAUUCUAGAGGAGAGUCAAGCCAGUACAUCACAGGAUGUUUCCGUCAGUCAGGAGGACGUUUCCUUGGAAGAACCUGAUACCAUUGAAGAGGCUGUGGAGGUGAAAACAUUUGAGGAGGCAAAAGAGCGAAUCGGGGUGUUGGAGAAGAGGAUUGAGAGAGAAGUCGGGCACAGAACAGAUCUUAUGAAACAGGUGAGAUCCCUAAGACUGGAGUUGCACAAGGUGAAGGGAGGGAGUGAUCUUGAAACUCAGACAGUCGGGGUGCAGACGGAUCCAGAGUGCAUUCAGAUCUACGAUGAGCAACCUCCCACCCUGCAGGCUGAAGUCUACCAGGUUGUGGAGAGUUCAGGCACAGCUCAACAAGGACCCUCUGCAGCAGCUGGUGCAACUCAGUGGCCCACUAGGACACCGGCACAGGCGUCAUCUUCGACACAAGCCCAGUCUGUUGCAGAGAGUGUGAGAGCCACUGCUGAAGCCGCCUUGGCUCAAUCUGGUGUGGUGCUAGAUGAAGCUAGUGGCAUGUACUACGAUUACAACUCUGGCUACUACUAUGAUCCCAACAACCACCUUUACUACGACCCGGCACGAGGAAUGUACUACUUCUACGAUGAGCAGACACAGUCCUACCAGUUUCAUUCCAAGAUUGACCUUCCAGAGGUCGUUGUCACGGGAACCAAGGGUAGCAGGAGCCAGUCGGAUAGGAAGAGACAUGAGAGAGAGAGGCAGAAAGGAGAGCGAUCAAGGAAGGGAAGAAAUCCUGAUCAGAGCAGAGAGGAGCAGUCUGAAACCAGUGACAAGCCAUCCACCUCAAGAUCUAGAACAGCAAACCCAGAUUGCGAAGUCAUCGAUAUCACCAGCCCUUCUGAAGACUCUCCUGAAAAUGGUAUGGACGCAACCUCCGCCACCACCACCUCCGCCACAACCUCCGCCACAACCGCCAAACCUCAGGACCAGGACCGAAACCAGGAUGGCAUCGAUGUCGUUGAGAUCGUGGACGAUGACGACCCGUCGAAACAUCAUCGUCACAAGCGACGGUUGAAGUACUCUCAUUCUAGAAGAAAGCGGAGGAAGACCGAGGAUGAAGAGGAACGGAAGGAGAACGGAGAAGAAGAGUUGCCGGACGUGAUUGUCAUAGACUCUGAUGAUUCGGACAUGGAAGAAGGGGAGUUGUCGGACAGCUCCUCUGAGAGUGGAGGGUCGUCUAAGGGGGAGUCGGGGGAGGAUGGGGAAGGAGAGGACGUCAGUGAGGAGUCCAUGGUCAUCGAUGAUGACGAUGAUGUACAGAGUGUGGAAGCCACAAAAGUUGACUAUCCACCCUGUAUCCGUAUGAUCGUUGUGAGAUCUGAAUCCAUGAAGCUUGGUUCUCUAUCGAUAGUCACCUGUACAGGGGGCACCAUUGGCAGGGAAGGAUCAAACCACAUUCUGUUGGUUCCAGAGUUGGGUGUUAGCAAGACGCAUGCCCAGAUGUUAUACGACACCGAGAGGAGAUGUUACACAAUCACCGACCUUGGUAGUCAGAAUGGAACCGUUCUCAAUGGAGUCCCUCUUACGCGCAAGUCUCGUGUGAAGAGUGACCCUCAGCCUCUGAGUCACAAGGAUUAUCUGACCUUUGGUACUACCACACUGAGGAUACACAUCCACCGAGGGGACGAGACAUGUGAUGAGUGUGAACCAGGCCAGGUACAGGCUACAUUCAGACAUCAGCAGUCUACGGAAGUCACGCCUGUACUGAGCCACGCAGACAAAGAGCAACAGAGGCGGAAAGAGCUACGCAAGAUCAAGAAGAAGUACCUCUUAGCCGGUACAGGCUACAGUCAGCGGGAGCCCUCAAGGUCUCAUCCUGGGUAUAAGGAUAGAGCUGGAGAGAGACGGGUUACAGUAGGCAGUGAUAACCCAUACCAGCCAAACGACAUGCCUGCAUCAGUCGAUAGAGCUAUAUCUGGGAGUAACAUGGGCCAUAAGAUGCUGAAGAAGAUGGGAUGGCAGGAAGGACAGUCGCUCGGCAAGAAUGAAAGUGGCAUCAAAGAACCAAUUCAGGUUUUCGUCCACAGCAAGAAGUCUGGGCUUGGAACUGGCAACCAAAAGUCCAUGGACAAUCUGGGUCUCAUCGGCAAGAGGAAGAGUGAGCACUGGGAGAGGGCAAGGGACCGGUACCACCACUUAGACCACGGGGCCAGCGGUAGUGCCAGCACUAGUAGCAGCAGACAACACACAAGACCGCAGGAGAUGAAGUGGGUCAAGGGCACAACGCAGGUGCAUGAACCGCCGGCGGACUCCGCCCCUCAGAAGGAUGACGAUGGAGACGUGGAGGUCGUCUCCGAGGUCGUUGCUAUGGAGGACGGGGAGACGACGAGGAAAGAUGCGGUCAAUAAGGAUACAGUUCAUAAUGUGUGUGAUGUAGAUAUGGAUCAUGAUGACAAGAAGAAUGGAGGAGGAGGCGAUGGCAAAAGGGCGGAGUCAUCAAAUGGAGAAGGGUCUUCAAAGAACGGUGUUGGUGUUGAGAUAAAGGCGGCGGGUGAAAUAGCCGAAGAAGUGCCAUCAGUUUCUGGAGACGGUUCAAAGACUAUACCUUCUUCCUCAAACAGUGUGACAAUCAGUAAUGAUGUUACUGAAAAUCAAAACAAUGCAGAACCUGAAUCAACAUCCAAUAGUGAUUUGCAGAAUCAAGUUGAUGGGAGUAACGCAAGACAAACCCGGUUGGAGUCAACAAACAGUAAGGCUGAUCCACAAGGGCCAUCAAGAAUGAGCAAUUCGCUGAGCUCCAAAGAUGAACAGAACUCUGUAGAAGUCCCUGCAGAGAGGGAAGCGGCAAAGAAACCGAUCAGGUUUGUGAUCCCACCUAGAAUGAACUCUAAAGGGGAUUUGGGAAAGACCCCCCUCACUGCAUCAAGGUCCGUCUCCGACAGCAACGGGGAGGGACCCUCGACGAGGAGGACGCGUCAGUCCAGCAGGAGAGGAAAAGAAAAGAAGGAUAAUAUAGAUAUGUUUGAUGAUGGAUAACCAAUAAUAAUCAUUGUGUGUCGAAUGAUAUUGUAUACUGUUAAUCUGUAACUUUGUAUUAUGGAACAAAUUCAAUGCAUGUUUAUACAAAUUCCACCUCCCCUAACUGAAAACGAAACAAAAUUAAUGAACACCUGAAUGGCACGCUGGCAAUACAAGUCGACAUUGCUACAACAGGUAAGUUAUUUGACCAUGAGGCAAAUCUGUGCUUGUUUACUGCGUGUGUGUGCAUAUUCAUUGUCUUCACCUAUGAAUGAUUAUAGCUUCAAACCUAUAAUAGCACGAGCAAGUGUGAACCAUCUGCAAAAUGUUUAUUUGUUAUACAAAUUGCCAAAGCAUAUUGAAAACAAGUUAAAGCUAUAGUCAUUUUUCGUGUCCACCUACCCAUAAUAGAAUAUACAGAUUUUCUAAUAUAGUUGUACAUCUACAUGUAUAUGUGUCACAUUGUCACAAGAUAGAAAAGGCAUGAAUAUGAACUUAUAGUCCCUUUAAAUUUAAUUUCUAGAGCUAAUAAUAAUAAUAAUGUCAACUUAUAAAGCGCACAUAUCCAUUCUAAAAGACUGCCCAAGGCGCUCUGUACAAUAUCAAAAUAAUUAUACAAUAUUAAAACUCCGACAUAAACAAAUGGUGCUUAUUUUUCUUCUUAAAUAUUUCAAUUGAUGAUGAUUGUCUUAUUUGUAAUGGUAUAGCGUUGCAUAAAUUGGGUGCAAUGUUAGCAAAAGCCGUGUCGCCCCAUUUCUUAUUGGUUUUUUUAACAUAACUGGAGCUGUGAACCUGAACGUAAAUUCCGUUGUGGGGUGUUUGGUUUCAAAAUCUGAUACAAGUAAUGGGGUGAAGAAUGAAGAAGUGUUUUGUAAGUAAUUAGUAACAGCUCAUACAUGAUUUUCGUUAAAGACUGAUAACCAAUUAAGAGAUUUGAAUAUAUCUGAAAUACUGUCUGAUCUACUACGGAGAGUGACGAGCCGAUCUGUCAUGUUCUGAGCUCCUUGCAGACAGGCUAUUUGAUUUUGAAGAAGGCCAAUAUACAACGAAUUACACAUAUCCAGUUGAUAUGUAAUAAGAUGCUUUACAAUCUGCUCAAACAGCCAGAAACAGAGAAAAUGUUAAUCGUUAUAUAUUCUCUUAUAUACACACAGUAUGAAGCACAUUCUGAAUUUAUCAAUUUGUCGAUCUGGCGCUGCUCAGUGGCUGCCGGGCUCACGAUCAAUUGGGCAAAAAGAAUUCCCGUUUCGGUUUAAUAAAAUUAGGAGUGGACUAAAAGAUUAUUAUUAUUAUUAUUAUUAUUAUUAUUAUUAUUAUUUAAAUCACUGCCACUACCUUUUAUAGUUUGAUUUAAAGUAUCAGAAAAAACACCCCUAUUUUCAUUUCCUGCAAGUGAAUGAAAAUUAUUCUCAGUUCUGAGCUUGUAAAUUGCCGUUAUUCUAAUAGGGGUAAAUAUUAAAGGGGUAAAUAUCAAAGAGUUAUCCAAUUUUAUUUAUUCUAAAUUGAUUUGUAUGAAAGUGGAAAAAUAAGAGAAACAAAAUAGCCACAGUUUGAAUUAAAUCGGACCAAUAUUGAGAGAGGUAUGAAUGUUUAAUAUCACUAGAUCUUUGCACAUCUCAAAUUUGCAACAUGUUCAUUGGAUUUAAAAGUUCAUUAUGAAUUGGUCCACUCAAAACAACAUUUUGC